AUGUCGAACCUGAUGCACAAAGUCAAGGAUGUCAUGACCGGCCAUCUUCACUCGGAGAAUAAGGAAUCCGGCCAAGAUUCGUCUAAGAUGGAAAAUCGGGCGGAGGAUGUCCGUGACAGCUAUGGUUCUUCCAACACAGGCACCCAGGACUAUGGUUCCAGCAACCUCAAUCCGUCUGCCAUAGGCUCGGAAAGCUAUGGUCCAAGUGGUGGUAAUGGAUCUCGCGCACGCCACGAAUCCAAGAUGGGUAACAAGAUGGAGGGCACUGGCAACGCUUAUGGCUCAACAACCACUGGUACUGGCAACUAUGGCUCAGGCGGUUACGACUCCAAGAUGGGUAACACAAUGAGCUCUGGCGAGACGUACGGUCCUACCACCACCGGUUCCAGCAGCUAUGGCUCCCGCGGCUCGGGCUCAGAACCUCGUAACACCUACGGCUCAACCGGUGCCGGAAUGCCCAAUUACGGCUUCGACGCUCACCCCGACUCUAAAAGGGGUCAGGGUGACACUGGCUUGGGUGGUUAUGGCGGUACCCAAGACGAUUCCCGAAAGGGCCACUCAGACUAUGGUGCAUCCACCAUGGACUCUGAUGCAUUUGGCUCGAAGGCUCGUACUGGGGAUCUCGGUACCGAGUCCAGCGGCUUUGGCUCCACUGGAGGCUAUGGCUCCGGCAAUAUGAAUGCUGGCCUUCACGAUUCCAACAUGGCUAGCAAGACGGAACCCCGUGCUGAGAGCAAUCUGGGUAAGGAAAUCAUAAUAUCCAACCAGAUCCAAGAACGGUACAGCUUACCCGCUUCAGAUGACCGCGGAACUUACGGAGGUGACCCGACCUCCAAUGUCGCAUCCACCGGCCAAACUGGCGGCUACGGCUCCAACUACGGUACCACUGGCAGCAACGCCAUGGACAGCGGCACCAAGGUCCACAACACCCGUUCGUCCAACGUAGCUAAGCAAAUGGAGAACCGGGCUGAUCCUGAGAUUGAAAACCGCGGUGGUCUACAAGGCUUCGGUGGCGCCACAGCCGGCGGCAGCAGCUAUGAUGCGCCUGAGUCCACUGGCAGGAGAAGAAGCUCCGGCCCGCACAGCUUCAACCUGCUUAACAAGCUGGACCCCCGCGUGCACAGCUCGGACUACGACAGCAAUGCUGCCCCCAACCAACGCGGACAGUAG